AGACUCGCUACGAGGAUGUCAACCCCAGGCUGGUUUUGGACCCCGAGGUGCACCUGCACCCCGGUGCAGCUGGUCGCCCUCAUCCGCCAUGGCACCCGCUACCCCACGGCUAAACAGAUACGCAAGCUGAGGCAGCUGCACGGGCUGCUGCAGGCCCGCGGCCGCAGCAGUGCGGGCGGUCGCCACCUGGGCGCGGCGCUGGCCGAUUGGCCCCUGGGGUACGCCGACUGGAUGGACGGGCAGCUGGUGGAAAAGGGACGGCAGGACAUGCGACAGCUGGCGCUACGCCUGGCAUCGCUGUUCCCGGCCCUCUUCAGCCGGGAGAACUACGGCCGCCUCCGUCUCCUCACCAGCUCCAAGCACCGCUGCGUGGACAGCGGCGCCGCCUUCCUGCAGGGGCUGUGGCAGCACUACCACCCUGGGUUGCCGCCGCCGGACGUCGCAGAUACGGAGUGUGGACCUCCAAGGAUUAAUGAUAAAUUGAUGAGAUUCUUUGAUCAUUGUGAGAAGUUUUUAACUGAAAUGGGAAGGAAUGCUACGGCUCUUUAUCACGUAGAAGCCUUCAAAACUGGACCAGAAAUGCAGAACAUUUUAAAGAAAGUUGCAGCUACUUUGCAAGUGCCAGUAAAUGAUUUAAAUGCAGAUUUAAUUCAGGUAGCUUUUUUUACCUGUUCAUUUGACCUGGCAAUUAAAGGUGUUAAGUCUCCUUGGUGUGAUGUUUUUGACAUAGAUGAUACAAAGGUAUUAGAAUAUUUAAAUGACCUGAAACAGUACUGGAAAAGAGGACAUGGCUAUACUAUUAAUAGUCGAUCCAGUUGCACCUUGUUUCAGGAUAUCUUCCAGCACUUAGACAAAGCAGUUGAACAGAAGCAAAGAUCUCAACCGAUUUCUUCUCCAGUCAUUCUCCAGUUUAGUCAUGCAGAGACCCUUCUACCACUGCUUUCUCUCAUGGGCUACUUCAAAGACAAGGAGCCCCUGACAGCUUAUAAUUAUAAGGAACAAAUGCACCGGAAGUUCCGAAGUGGUCACAUUGUACCUUAUGCCUCAAACCUGAUAUUUGUGUUUUACCAUUGUGAGGACGCGACUCCUAAAGAACAAUUCCAAGUGCAGAUGUUCCUGAAUGAAAAGGUGUUACCCUUGGCUCACUCACAGGAAACUGUUUCUUUGUAUGAGGAUCUGAAGAACUACUACAAGGACAUCCUUCAGGGUUGUCAGAACAGUGAAGAAUGUGAAUUACCAAAGGUGAACAGUACAUCUGAUGAGCUGUAAGCCACUAGUGAAAACUUUUAAUUCUUCACCAAACUGUAGGGGUGAUUACAUGCUUUUAAGAGGUA